UUGAUGAAAGGGUAUGUUUGUGAAAUCACACAGUGGAAACAACUUUUGACUUCCAUGAUAUUGAUGGGUAGGGAGAUAGACUUAGUUACCCCCAUUAUUUCUUUUCCUUCUUUGCAUUUGAUUUGAGUGCCCUACCUUACCUAUCAAUAUGGCACAAAACUAAAGCCCUUUGCUCUUAUCUUAAUUUGGUCAUUUCCCCUUUUUUUCCAUGUGGGUGACAAUCAUUUCCUCAUAAGCUCUUGAUAUUGACCGCUUUUAGCUCAGCUCGGAAUUUCAUGAAGCUGCAAAAUGUGACUGGUUAAUGAAUGAUUCUCAUCGUGCACAAUGUUAUUCUGUCUAUGUUUUCCUUUCCGUCUCCUUUUUGAAACUCCUCAGAAGGGUUUAUGAUGCUUGUUUGCACAUGGGCAUUAUAGUUUCUGGUAGAAGCCAAGCUAUCUGGGGAGUUUCAGGUUGUGCUUUAUGUGAUAAACGCCAAAUCUUCUACUCACAAGAUGCGUAGCUCACUGGUUGUGCAUUCUGUCUUAACCCAAAGUGAUUCUUUCUCUAAGCCAUCACACUCUGGCAGGAAUUCUUGCGACUCAGAAAUACAGUUGGAUACAGUGGAUGAACUUCAGAGUGAUAAAUCAUCCUUUAAGGAGUGCAAUCUUGGAGAUGAGACUGGAAAUUUUGGAUUGUGCACUAAAAGCAAUACUUAUCCUUCCAGGUUCCAGCUUGAACAGGAUGUAAACAGAUUGCAACAGCAGUUGCAAGAAGAGAUGGAAUUGCAUGCUGUUCUGGAAAAGGCUAUUGAGAAAAAUGCUAUGAAAUUGUCAAGUCCAUCACAUCUCCCUCACCAGGCUCAAGAGCUCCUGUCUAAUAUUGCAUUAUUGGAGGUCACAGUUUCAAAACUUGAACAAGAGAUGGUGUCUUUGCAUUUCCAACUUAGCCAAGAAAGAAAUGAACGGAGGCUUGCAGAAUAUCGAUUGAGGCAUUCAUCUUUUCCAUCAAUACCUCGUUGCUCCUCUGAUAUUCUUAAUAAAUUGAUUUCACCGUCUUUGAGGUGUUCAAAGCAUUCCAUUUCUAUAGUGGGUGAUGCCUGCGAAGAUAACUCCAGCCAGGAGCUGCAAGAUCAACCAUUGGAAUCUACUGACAAAUAUGAAGAGUCAAUGAUAGAGAAUGGAGUAGACGCUGUUGUACUUUACCACAACAAGAAAAUGUCUAUGAAAAUAGAUUCCAAAUCUGUUCAAGCUGUAGAGUUCAGGAAGCUUCCUAAAGGGAUGCCAACAAAGGGCCUUUGGGAUCAUCCUAAUCAAUUAUCGGAAGAGAUGAUGAAAUGUAUGAAAAAUAUAUUCAUUUCUUUGGCGGAUUCUGCUAUACCAUCCAAAUCAUCUGCGUCAGAGAGCCACUGCUCACCUCUAUCACCACGUGGGCAUCUUUCCAAUUUAUCUUGGUGGUCAUCAUCUGAGAGGUCAAUGAUUUCAUCAUGGGUGCAGAGCCCACAAGUUGAUGUAAAGAGUAACUCUGAAGUGUUGGCUUCAGAGAAUGCAUGUGAUCCCUAUAGGGUGCGUGGAAAACUAAGUUGGGCAGACAUUGGAAACUAUGGAUUAGCAACUGAAGUUUCUUGGAUGUCAGUUGGGAAGAAGCAGUUAGAAUAUGCUGCAGGGGCACUGAGAAGGUUCAGAACACUUGUUGAGCAACUGGCCAAAGUGAACCCCAUCCAUUUGAGCUGCGAUGAGAAGCUUGCUUUCUGGAUCAACUUAUAUAAUGCUCUGAUCAUGCAUGCUUAUUUGGCAUAUGGAGUCCCAAGGAGUGAUUUGAAGCUCUUCUCUUUGAUGCAAAAGGCAGCAUACACAGUAGGGGGACAUUCUUUCAGUGCAGCUGCUAUUGAGUAUGUGAUUCUAAAAAUGAAACCACCACUCCAUCGGCCACAAAUUGCUUUGCUUCUUGCCCUGCACAAGCUGAAGGUAUCAGAUGAACAACUGAAGUCCACUGUUGAUAUAUAUGAACCACUUGUAACAUUUGCUCUCAGCUGCGGAAUGUAUUCUUCCCCAGCGGUGAGAAUCUACACUGCUAAGAAUGUGAAAGAAGAACUUCAAGAAGCACAACGCGAUUUCAUUCGAGCUUCAGUUGGAGUUAGCAGCAAAGGGAGGUUACUAGUCCCCAAAAUGCUACACUGCUUUGCCAAAGGCUUUGUGGAUGAUGCAAAUUUGGCUGUAUGGAUAUCACAUUACCUUCCGCCUCAUCAGGCUGCCUUUGUUGAACAAUGCAUUUCAAAGAGAAGGCAGAGCCUUCUUGGUUCACGCAACUGUGGCAUUCUUCCAUUUGAUUCAUGCUUCCGUUAUCUAUUUCUGCCUGACAAAAUUCCUGUAUGAUGCUGUAUUUUAGUACAUGAUUUGUGUCCGUAUAUACCUUGCUUGCUUUGGUCUAGCAGGUCAAUAUGAAGAUAGUAUUGGCUCUAGAUGAUGCUAAAGAAACCCAAAAUUUUAGGUUGCAUCAUCCAUGUGAAGCCUAACCUCCUUGAGAAUAACAAGGAUGGUUGCAGUUUUGGUCUCCUGCCUUAUAGACCAGUAACAUCUCUCAAGCGUGUCGUACAUUUUGUUCAUGGAUAAAAGAGGAGUUCACAUAUAGUACUUGUAGGCCAUUGUUGCGUAUUGCUUAAUCAAGUAUAGUUAAAUAAUAAUGGUACAAUACUAAUUCAGUUUCUCAUAUUGCAAAUUCACAAGCAUAAAUGAGCUUGUAUGUUAAAUCAUGUAUCGAGUUCUUGUAUAAAGAGAACAAAGGAUAUCUUGUACGCAACUAUUAGUUGGUCUUUCAGUACAGUACCAUUCAGCCAUUAUGGGAUAAUGUCAUACUUUCACA